UUGGCAUUGGUCUUGGCCGCAGUGUUUUCCGUCAUUCUUUACCGUAUUGUGAUGUCAGCCAUUUUGUACGGUAACAAGGAGGACAUCAUCAAAACUCGGGCCAGCUUCAUCUCCUCCAUCACCGCGGCCUGUAUUAACUUAGUCAUCAUCAUCAUCCUCAACUUUUUCUAUCAAAAAGUGGCGUAUUUCCUCACAGAAUUAGAGCAACACAGGACCCUGACAGAGUGGGAGGAUGCCUUCACCUUCAAAAUGUUCCUCUUCCAAUUUGUCAACUUCUACUCUUCCAUAUUUUACAUUGCCUUCUUCAAAGGAAAAUUUGUGGGAAGGCCUGGAGAUUAUAAUCGCAGUUUGAUAAACAGUAGACAAGAGGAGUGUGACCCCUCAGGUUGCCUGAUUGAGCUCUGUAUACAGCUGGGCAUCGUCAUGGUGGGAAAACAAAUCAUUAACAAUCUUAAGGAGAUUGUCAUACCUAAGGUGAUGGUAUGGUUCCGAUCACGUCAGUCCUUGAAGGAGAAGUCAGAAGAGAAGGUGUACUCCCGCUGGGAACAGGAUUAUAACCUGGCCAACAUGCCAGCUCUGGGACUGUUUGAUGAAUACUUAGAAAUGGUGAUUCAGUAUGGCUUUGUGACAAUUUUUGUGGCUGCUUUUCCUCUAGCACCUCUGUUUGCACUCAUUAACAACAUUAUAGAGAUCCGAGUGGAUGCUUACAAGUUCACCACACAGUGGAAGAGACCCUUAGCUGAACGAGCUCAAGAUAUAGGUAUUUGGUUUGGAAUCUUACGAGGAAUCUCAGCUAUAGCAGUGGUUUCUAAUGCUGCGAUCAUUGCGUUUACAUCGGAGUUUAUCCCUAAGUUGGUCUAUUAUUAUGGCUACAGUAAUCAAACACUGUCAGGGUACACCAACUUCAGUCUGUCCGUGUUUAAGGUGCAGUACUUCCAGGACCAAAGUAUCCCCGAUGACAAGAAAAUGGAUGUGUUUGGCAACGUUACUGAAUGCAGGUACCGAGGAUUUUUUGCUGAAGACCCCGGCAUGCCUGGAGACUAUGACUUCACUAUGGCGUAUUGGCACAUCAUUGCAGCUAAACUGGCUUUUGUUGUUGUUUUUGAGAAUUUAGUGGUGUUUUGUACGUGGCUUGUGAUGUACCUAAUUCCCGACAUGCCUUUCAAAGUUAAGUUACAGAUGCUCAGAGAAAACUUUUUGGCCAAGGAGGCUUUGUAUAAUGCUGACACAAUCCAGAAACAGAGAGAAGAUCGUGCAAAGCAGGAGCAUUGAAGUGGUGCAAUUAUACAUUGAAUAUUUAUAUUUAUGUUCUACUUAAAAUCAUAUACAUGUAGUUUAUAUUUAAGUCUAUAUUAUAUACCAUGACCAAAUUGUUCGAAAAAAAGCUGUAUUCUCUGUGUAGGCAUUUAUAAUGUAGCAUUCUCAUUGGGUUUUGAUUUUUUUUAACAGUUUUUUUUUGUUUAAUUUUUUUUUGCCUGAGACAAAUUAUUUUUGUCUAUAUUGAACAAUUUCAUGUUUUGAAAGAAACUUUAUAACUACUGCUGGUCAAUAUUUUUGAAGUUGCUGAGCAAAUG